CGGCCGUUGCAGCCUGCUGGGCUUCGGCCGUAGUGUGCGUCGUGCCUGUUCCUCCGUACCGUUCCCCUUCCUCGCCGUCGUCGGUCGGCGACGGGUCGCUGCCGCCCUCUCGCACCUCCCCUCUCGCUACUGGUACUGUUCCUCACCACACCCUCUCUCACUGCGCCAUCCCCAACGUGGUCAAAAGGACGGCGACAGUUCGGGUCACAGCUCCUCUCAUCCGUCCCACGCCUUCCUCACCUCCCCUCUCGCUACUGGUACUGUCUUCCUUCAUCUGCCUGCAGUUCUCGAUUGGACCAACGUCAAUGAGGUCACACAAAUCCCAACCUUCGUAGCUCCACUGCCAGCAAGAUGAGAGGGACAGCUCUGAAGAACAGCGAUGGUUCUUCCGAGGAAUCGGAUGUGAAGCUGAAGCCGCCGGUCUCGAGCGAGGAGGGGAUGGAGGGAUCGAGGCCGAGGAGGGGCUCGCCGGCGAGGGUCAGCACCGUGCCGAUCGCCGUCACGCCGGAGGGCUUCUGGUGCUGCCCGUCCCCGGCGGCGCUGCACAAGAGCCUCAAGAACCCGCAUCACCACCACGCCGGCGGCGGCGGCAACAAGCAGGCGCCGCAGCAUCAUAAGACCCCAUCGGCCCCUCCAUCCAAGGCGCCAUCAGUCCAGACCGCGCCGUCUGUGACCGACGAGCCACCGGCGCCCGCCGACGAGCCGCGGCAUCAGGACCAAGCGGCCGCCGAGGCACCGGCGCCGGCGGGUGGGCAGCAGGAGCCGCAGCACAAGAUCUGCGUCGGGUUCGGGCGGCCGGAGACCAGCGACCUGACGGUGAUGCUGUACGGGAAGGAGGGGAUCGCCGUCAGGAUGGGCGUGCACAGGGAAGUCCUCUGCCAGAGCAGCGCCUUCUUCGCCUCGCGGCUCGCCGGCGGCCACGGCCCGCCGGCGCCGUGCGUGGAGAUCCACGACUGCGACGACGCAGAGAUCUACGUCGAGACCGUCGGCCUCAUGUACUGCGACGAGGCCAAGCACCGGCUGCUCAAGCAGAGCGUCCCGCGCGUCCUGCGCAUCAUGAAGGUUGCCGAGGUGCUUGGCUUCCAUGGAUGCGUCAAGUCAUGCCUCGAGUACUUGGAAGCCGUCCCUUGGGUCGGCGAGGAAGAAGACAACGUCGUCGCAUCCAUACGGCAUCUUCAGAGCAAGAACUAUGGAGUUAGCCCGCUGCUGAGGAGGAUUUCAUCUGAGAAUCUGAACUCACCAGGUGACACACUGGCAAACAUAAUGGAGAUGGUACUGACGAGCACCGAUGAUCGGGGGCGUCGGGAAAUGAAAGCCCUGGUUCUGAAUCUUCUCAAGGACAGCAGCCAUUGCACUGAUGGAUCUUCAGACAUCUGUUCUGAAACGCUGUACAGUUCAUGCCGAGGGUGCUUGGACAGGCUCCAUCGACUAUUUACAGAGGCAUCUGAAGAGGAUUAUUCAGUGAAUGUUACGCGGCGAAUCACCUUGGAGACUGAUAAUCUCCUAUGGCUGGUGGAGAUUCUUGUUACCCAGCGAAUCUGCGAUGGCUUUGUGGUGAUGUGGUCAAGCCAAACAGAGCUUGCUGAAUUACAUCCAAAAUUGCCGGCAGCAUCUAGAUACACCGUGAGCUGCAUCACGGCGAGGCUGUUCGUCGGCAUUGGGAGAGGGGAGAUGCUUCCAUCCAAGAACACCCGUCUCAGUCUCCUGCAGGUAUGGCUGCAACCGCUGAUCGACGACUACUCCUGGCUGCAAUGCAGCUGCCGGUCGUUUGACAGGAAGCUUGUGGAGGACGGGAUCGGGCAGACGAUCCUGACGCUUCCAUUGGAGGACCAGAGGUCUAUGCUACUGUCAUGGUUUGGGAGGUUCUUGAAGUUGGGGGAUAACUGCCCGAAUCUGCAGAGGGCGUUUGAAGUGUGGUGGCGAAGGACUUUCGUCAGGCCGUAUGUUAACGAGGCUGAGGCAGGUAAUGUUUUAUCAUCAGAUAGGAGUUCAUCUUGAAGUGGUAGGGGUGUUAAAUUUAGCUGACCAUAGAAUCUUUUUAUCCUGAGGGUAUUGUCUUGGUUGAUCAAUCUGACAUGAGGCUUAAGAACUUGGGUGUUUUAUUUCCUCGUGUAAAGGUUUGGUAGUUGUAAAGAUUUGUGCAACACUACAUGUUUAACUUGUGUGUAAAAUCAGAUGGUUUCCCCUAUUUAUGAGAAGAAAAUCAUCAUCAAUGAAUCCUCUCCAUUGUACC